AUGAGCGCUGCUCCGACCGAAGACAAGCCCCACGAGGCGCAUUCCCUGUCUGGUUCUGCAACCAUCAGUCGCGCAACAGAAUCGGGUACAGAUCCAGACAAUGCCCUCGACACAAUCGACGAUUCAGAUAUGGAUCAUCUUACCCCAUACCAGAGGAAGGCACGGCUGAUUACCCUGGAAAUGGACAAGAUGGGUAUGGGAAGAUACCAAUGGUAUAUCUGGUCGCUGUGUGGCCUCGGAUACUUCCUUGAUCUUUUAUGGGCACAAGCGUUUGGACUUAUCGCUUCCCCUUUACAACGAGAGCUUGGAUUUAGUGAUGCGCAGCUGGCAAAUGUAUUCACCGCAUUUAGUUCUGGGUUGACGGCUGGUGCUUUCGUCUGGGGUGUGCUUGUCGAUAUCAUUGGUCGGAAAUGGGCAUUUAAUGGCACAGUGUUCAUUACUUGUGCCUUUGGGCUUUGCCUCGGAGCGCCAAAUACGUACAACGCAAUCCUUGUCCUCACGGCAUUCAGCGGCUUUGGAAUUGGGGGUAAUAUACCUAUCGAUACCACAAUCUGUUUAGAAUUUCUUCCACAAAAUCGUCGUUUCCUGCUCGCUCUCCUAUCAAUAUUUCAACCACUUGGGGUUGUCGUCUGUAGCGGCAUAGCUUACGGAUUUGUACCAAAAUACUCCUGUGCUACCGAUCUGCCAGCGUGUGGUUCGGUUGCCGAUGGUGUUCCGUGUUGUACCAAAGCCUCCAACUAUGGAUGGCGAUAUCUCAUGUUUACUCUCGGUGGUAUAUCAUUUGCUGUGUUUAUUCUACGUUUCGUAGUUUUCACAUUCCAAGAGUCCCCUCAGUAUCUUCUCGCAAAGGGCAAAGACGCGGAAGCCUUGGAAGUUCUACACUACAUUGCCAAAUUCAACAAACGACCUUGCAAAUUGAACUCGGAGUCUUUUGAGGCUUUGUCAGCUUCAAGCUCGCCUCAAUUAUCGUCACCGGAUUCGGGUCCUACUCCGGGUCUUGCUGCACCACCUAAAUUAUCACCGUCACAGCUGUUCGGAAUUGAAUUCAAAAGAGUGUCAACGCUCUUUGCCACAGCAACUCUUGCGAGGCUUACGGUUCUGGUUUGGAUUAUAUAUGCUUUCGACUACUGGGGAUUUUCCGUUGCAGGCUCCUUCUUACCGACCAUCCUAUCGCGAAAGAACGCGGCUAUCAAAAUCUCGCUUUCCGAAACCUACCGCGACUAUGUAAUCAUAUAUCUUCCUGGAAUUGUUGGUGUUGCACUUGGAGCUUCAAUGAUUUACGUACCACGUAUUGGACGUAAGUGGGCAAUGGUAGUCUCAUCAGCAUUGAUGGGCGUUUCGCUCUUUCUCUUCGCCGCUGUCAACAAUCACGCAUCCAAUGUGGGGUUGAACGCGAUGGAAUACUUCUUCCAAUCCAUGUUCAAUGCUGUGCUCUACGGUUGGACACCCGAAGCAUUUCCUGCACCGGUCAGAGGAACUGCAAGUGGUAUCGCAAGCUUCUGGGGCAGACUUUUCUCGAUUUUCAGCCCGUUGAUUGCAGGUCAUCUCCUAGAAACCAACAUAAACGGGCCGUUAUAUCUCGCUGGUGCGGGCACGUUCGUCUGCACAAUUGCGAUUUUAUUCUUGCCAAGCAGUAGCUUGAGUCCGAAGCCUAGUGUAUGA